CAUUAUAUCAAAAAAAUAACAAUGACGCCGAAGCGAAUACUCAAAGAGACAGAGAAUCUGGCCAAUGAUUCACCACCUGGAAUCAAGGCCGAGCUCAAUCCCGGAAAUAACAGACACUUUUACAUACGGAUGUUAGGACCAGAUAGUACACCCUAUGAAGGUGGCGUAUACAAGCUAGAAUUGUUUUUACCAGAACAGUAUCCUAUGGAACCGCCAAAAGUGCGCUUCCUAACCAACAUAUACCACCCAAAUAUCGAUAAACUGGGAAGGAUAUGCCUAGACAUAUUAAAAGAUAAAUGGAGCCCUGCGUUACAAAUUAGAACCGUGCUUCUCAGUGUUCAGUCACUACUCAGCGCACCCGAACCGGACGAUCCACUGGACACAUCUGUAGCAGACCACUUCAAAGCUGACAAAGCAGAUGCCGAGAGACUUGCUAGAGAAUGGAAUGAAAAGUACGCAAAGUGUAAUACAAUGUAAACACGCGUCGCGACAAUACUCUAUACCAUCGGAUAGACAACUUACACACUGUAAUCU